CUACUUCGACCCUACAAAGACUCACAUGGACAGAGUCGGGUGCUUCGCUUGCAAGGUGAAAGAGUUUGGGUGGGCUCCGGGCGCAACAGAGCCUCCUUCAGUACGCCAUCUACGGAAUUCGCCAGACUGCCCGUAUUCCAGGGUGCUGAGCAGCAGGCAUUUGCACGAGAGCGAGGGCCUGGGCUGGGACCAGGACGACAUGUUUGCCAGCGUGCAAGAUUCGGCAGACAUACGCCAUCAGACGUUCAAGCUGGCGAGCUGGCCGCAUGAACGGAACAAGAAGAUGCCAUCCAGUCGAGAGCUGGCCGAAAACGGGUUCUAUUACGCUUCGUACGAAAAGGGCGACGACACCACCACGUGCAUGUACUGCGGCACGAGUCUGGAGGGUUGGGAGGCCGGAGACAACGUUGCAGAGGAGCACCGCAAACGCAAGCCCGACUGUUACGUGUUUGCAGGGCGAAGGCGCAGUGGAGUGUAUUCUAGAAGGGCCAGCGACGUGAACAUGGAUGUGGUGGAGAUCUCAGACGUCUCUCUUGAGCGGGUGAUACAGGAACUGCCAGAGCAGGCACACGUGGGGAUAGAGGUGGAGGCGGUGGGCCAGAACAAGGAAGAGCAGGCUGUACACCAGUCGGAUAAUAAUGAAGAACUGGAGGCUCGCGACCUCGAGAAGGUGGCACAGCCAAAGGACGUAGACGCUAUUAGAUCACCAGAGAUUGAAGUUGAGCAGCCAGUCAAGCGGUCUGCGCCGGCGCUAGACGACGUGCUGCUGGAGGAGGAGAUAAUAGAAGAUGACAGUAUGGAAGGGGCUGCUGAUCCUGUUGAGAUUCCGAUGUCCACGCUGAACGAGCUGGAGGAUCUUUUCUAUGUGGAGGAUUCGCGACGGUCGUCCACCUUCUUCAACCGUUCGCGGUCUUCUUUUGGCGAACGGGCGCCAGAGGCGGCCGAGAGAAAACUCGAAUCUGUUCCAGAGCCAGUGGAAGAGAACAUGCCAGAACCAAUCAAGGAAGAACAUGAGCACGCCGAAAACGAGCCAAUGGAGGAUAUUCCCGAUUUCAACGUCCCAGAACUGGAAGUACCCGACAGUCAGGGCAUCCCCAUGGGAAUCGAGGAGUCUUUGCGCGAAAUCAAGCAGCUGGACCCUGUGGGGCCUGCAGAGGGUAUGGACAUGCUUGACGAGAGCACCCGUGAUGACAUAAUAAUGAAAGAGACUCCAGAGCCGGUACAAAACUCCGAAAAGCAGCCGGAGCUACAGCUGACCGAGGAUCUGUCCUCUAAAAAGCGAAAGAAACACGAAGAAAAGCAUGGAAAACACCACAAGCGCAAGAGGGCGGAGAAGGAGAAGGAGAAGCAGGCCGACAAAAAGAGGAAGAAGGAGAAACGAGAGAAAAAGAAGGAGAAGGAAAAGAAAAAGAAAGAUAGGGCUCACAGGAAAGAACUCCGGGAGCGCGGGACCGUGGAUUCUGUUCAGUCGCCAGCCCCUGUGGGCACAGUCUCUGUCCACGAGGCUCCAGAGUCCAAAAAAUACGUGGAGGAGCUGGUGGAGACAGAUUUCUCCGAGGAGGACAUAGAGCCCAAAGUUGAACAUAGAAUGGAAAGCAUUGAAGAGGAGGCGAAAGAGGAGGAUGAAGCAAAAGUUGAGGAACCAAUUCAUAUGGAAGAAUUGCUGCCCAACGAUGACGACGAAAACGAUGUGUUGCUCGACGACGAGAAGGCCACCCCCGAGCUUUCCAGAGUGCCAACCGUCUCCCCCACAACACUGGUUGCGAGGGACAUUCGUGUGCGUUCACGGAUUGUUGAUGGACGCAUCAUAUCGUCAGAUGACCCGCUUUCGUUCGGAAGAAGAGCAAAGCGAAGAGCACGAAAGCUCAAAGAGAUCCCACGCACAGAAAGCAAGGACUUUGAGGAUGAGAAUGUUGAGAAAGCAGACCAAGAGCCAGGGCCGGAAGCCGAGCAGGAAACAAAGGCGGCUACGAAGCCCACAGAGCCUGCAGAGAUGGGCGAGCCGGUCGCGCUGUACGAGCGCCAUAUUUUCCAACAGCGUGCUCAGAUCUACGAGCAGCAAGUCACAAAGCAUGACGAAAACAUUGAAGAGAAUAAAGACCAAAAAGAUGAAUUUGUUUCUGAAGUUGCCGCAGAGCCAGCACAAUUGCCGGUGUCUACAGAACCCGUCCCCCAACAAACGGCCCAGGACAUGGACUCGUCGCCUAAUCGUGUUGUAUCUGAGGGUCAGGAAAACGUACGCCAAGACAGCUUACAGCGUGGCUCCAGCGAGCCUGCUCAGUCUGCCCGCUCCCCCUCAAACCUAUCGCUCAACAUUGAACAUCUUUCUGAGAACCAGAGCACUCCGGAGGUGAGGAAGGAGCCGCUCUGGGAGCCAAUCAAGAAGCGAUCGUACACGGAGGAAUUCAACGAGGCCAUCAAGUAUACUCAGGAACUGCUGGAUUCGCACUACCAGUCGCUAAACGACGACCUGGAGGGCAAACUGACGGGCUUUGUGGCGGAGAUGCCCGAAGAAGAGCUCGAGAUGACUCUAAAAGAGUGGAUCAACUACCAGGCUGACCAGGCGGCAAAACUGGUGGCACACAAGACAGACGAGAUGGUGAGCGGAUUCCGCGAGGACGCUGCGCGUGCGCUGAAGGUUCUGGAGUCUCUGCCGGUGGUGGACGAGACCGAUCAGGAUGUAGUGUUUUAGGUAGAUCUUUUCGCGUCCUCGGUGUACGGGUGUGUUUUCCACGCUAAAAAAACUCCCGUCUGAUGGCGUCAAUGAUAAAUAGAGAAUUCG